AUGGAAAAUCAAGGUAAAGAAGAUUAUUGUGAUAUUGGAAGCGAGGAUUUUCCGGAUGAGUUUCUGUGUUGUGUAUGCCUGGAUAUCGUGUACAAACCAGUUGUAUUAGAAGAAGAAAAAAAUAUAUAUAAACACGAGUCUCCACAGUUCGAUAGAGGUGACUCUUCCCUGAUUCAAGAUUCUUUAGAAAAUGAAGAUAAUAUGACAAUGAUUCCGACAACCUCAAAUCAGGAAAGAACUACCAACAUGGCAAAGAAAGGAGAUGGUAUGGUCAAAUCUGAAGUUACAAAUGAGGCAUGCAAGCAGGUCUCUAUGACUGACUUACAAUGUUCUCUGUGCAAGCAGCUAUUAUGUCGACCUAUAGUUCUUAAUUGUGGGCAUGGUACCACUGGAAAGCGGGAGCAAGCGACCGAGCGUUCAUCGUUGCCUAGAAAUGCUUAUAAAUCAUGGCUGUCUGGCAAUGGGCCAAAGGUUCACCCUGGAGUUGGUUGUGAUUGGUGUGGGACUGAGAACAUCACUGCUGGAAUGUUUGGUUUCUAUGGUUUAACUGAUGUGGCAUGGCUCUUGGGGCAUUCAGUUUAA